GGAGGCAGCUUCCAUGGAGCGAGGGGAAUGCCAGGACCUUGCCCAGACAGACGUGGGCCUGCCUCAGCACCACCAGCCAACGUGCAGAUAGCAGAGCUGUCCGCAGGGUUGAACCAUGAUUCCAGUGACGGAACUCCGCUACUUUGCGGACACACAGCCAGCUUACCGGAUUCUGAAGCCGUGGUGGGACGUGUUCACCGAUUACAUCUCCAUCGUUAUGCUGAUGAUUGCUGUCUUUGGAGGGACACUGCAGGUCACCCAGGACAAGAUGAUCUGCCUGCCUUGUAAGUGGGUCACCAAAGACUCUUGCAACGACUCAUUCCGGGGCUGGGCAGCCCCUAGCCCAGAGCCCACCUACCCCAAUGCAACACUCCUGCCAAGCCCUGACACAGGCCCCACAGGGAUCAAGUAUGACCUGGACAGGCACCAGUACAACUAUGUGGACGCUGUGUGCUACGAGAAUCGACUGCACUGGUUUGCCAAGUACUUCCCCUACCUGGUGCUCCUGCAUACUCUCAUCUUCCUGGCCUGCAGCAAUUUCUGGUUCAAGUUCCCACGUACCAGCUCUAAGCUGGAGCACUUUGUUUCCAUCCUGCUUAAGUGCUUUGACUCACCGUGGACCACACGGGCCCUGUCGGAGACAGUAGUAGAGGAGAGCGACCCCAAGCCAGCCUUCAGCAAGAUGAAUGGCUCCAUGGACAAGAAGUCAUCCACAGUCAGCGAAGAUGUGGAAGCGACUGUGCCCAUGCUGCAGCGGACUAAGUCACGCAUCGAGCAGGGCAUCGUGGACCGCUCAGAGACGGGUGUGCUGGACAAGAAGGAAGGGGAGCAAGCCAAGGCACUGUUUGAGAAGGUGAAGAAGUUCCGGACCCAUGUGGAAGAGGGAGACAUUGUGUACCGCCUCUACAUGCGACAGACCAUCAUCAAGGUGAUCAAGUUCAUCCUCAUCAUCUGCUACACAGUCUACUAUGUGCACAACAUCAAGUUUGACGUGGACUGCACUGUGGACAUUGAGAGCCUAACAGGCUACCGUACCUACCGUUGUGCCCACCCUCUGGCCACACUCUUCAAGAUCCUGGCAUCCUUCUACAUCAGCCUGGUCAUUUUCUAUGGUCUCAUCUGCAUGUACACACUGUGGUGGAUGCUGCGGCGCUCCCUCAAAAAGUACUCGUUUGAGUCGAUCCGUGAGGAGAGCAGCUACAGUGACAUCCCUGACGUCAAGAAUGACUUUGCCUUCAUGCUCCACCUCAUCGACCAGUACGACCCACUCUACUCGAAGCGCUUUGCUGUCUUCCUGUCGGAGGUGAGUGAGAACAAGCUGCGGCAGCUGAACCUCAACAAUGAGUGGACGUUGGACAAGCUGCGACAGCGGCUCACCAAGAAUGCACAGGACAAGCUGGAGCUGCACCUAUUCAUGCUCAGUGGCAUCCCUGACACUGUGUUUGACCUGGUGGAACUGGAGGUGCUGAAGCUGGAACUGAUCCCUGACGUGACCAUCCCCCCAAGCAUUGCCCAGCUCACUGGCCUCAAGGAGCUGUGGCUGUACCACACAGCGGCCAAGAUUGAGGCUCCCGCCCUGGCCUUCCUACGGGAGAACCUGCGGGCAUUGCACAUCAAGUUCACUGACAUUAAGGAGAUCCCAUUGUGGAUCUACAGUCUGAAGACGCUGGAGGAGCUGCACUUGACAGGCAACCUGAGUGCAGAGAACAACCGCUACAUCGUCAUCGAUGGACUGCGGGAGCUCAAACGCCUCAAGGUGCUACGGCUGAAGAGCAACCUGAGCAAGCUGCCACAGGUGGUCACCGACGUGGGUGUGCACCUGCAGAAGCUGUCCAUCAACAAUGAAGGCACCAAGCUCAUCGUCCUCAACAGCCUCAAGAAGAUGGUGAACUUGACGGAGCUGGAGCUGAUCCGCUGUGACCUGGAGCGUAUCCCUCACUCCAUCUUCAGCCUCCACAACCUGCAGGAGAUUGACCUCAAGGACAACAACCUUAAGACCAUUGAGGAGAUCAUCAGCUUCCAGCAUCUGCACCGCCUCACCUGCCUUAAGCUGUGGUACAACCACAUUGCCUACAUCCCCAUCCAGAUCGGCAACCUCACCAACCUUGAGCGCCUCUACCUGAACCGUAACAAGAUUGAGAAGAUCCCCACCCAGCUUUUCUACUGCCGCAAGCUGCGCUACCUGGACCUCAGCCACAACAACUUGACCUUCCUCCCUGCUGACAUUGGCCUCCUGCAGAACCUCCAGAAUCUGGCUGUCACGGCCAAUCGGAUUGAGGCCCUUCCACCAGAGCUCUUCCAGUGCCGGAAGCUGCGAGCCCUGCACCUCGGCAACAAUGUGCUGCAGUCACUGCCCUCGCGUGUGGGCGAGCUGACCAACCUGACCCAAAUCGAGCUGCGAGGCAACCGGCUGGAGUGCCUGCCUGUGGAGCUGGGCGAGUGCCCGCUGCUCAAGCGCAGUGGCCUGGUGGUGGAGGAGGACCUGUUCAACACAUUGCCACCCGAGGUGAAGGAACGGCUCUGGAGGGCCGACAAGGAGCAGGCCUGAGUGCUGGCAGCCAGUCGCAGCACGGGGUUGGCCCAGAGCAGUCAGCAGCGGGACAACGAGGAGUCCUCAGGCCCAGGAUGGCCAGGCUCUGCUCCUCCCAGAAGUACAGGGACAGAGAGCCCAGCCUCUUGGCCGGGCAGGAGCCUCACAGGAUGUGAGCUGGGCCAGGGCGAGAGGACAGUACACGAGGGGCUGGCCCCUUUUCUCCCUCUGAGACUCAGCCCCCCAGGGCAGGCGCCUGUUUGGGGAGAUCAGAGGACUGCGCAGUAUUUGGACAAUCAGGGCCUCCUCAGUGGAAGCCAUUUCUGCCACAGAGGCUGAGCCGACGCCAGAGGUCCAGGGACACCUACUUAGCUCUUGGUAUUUAUUUUUCUCUACAUCCCAUCUCCUCCCUCCAGAUAACUUAUACAUUCCCAAGGAAGUGCAGCUCAGAUGGAGGGUGUCUGUGGAAGGGUGGGCUGUGUCUCCCCUUUUCCCUUUUUAGUGACACCACUGGUGUUUAGUGCCACCCAGAAUUGAGCAACAGGGUCCAGAGUGAACCAGCUGUGGGAUGGUCACCCCCACUGGUGCUGGUCUGGGCUCUGGUGGCACAGCCUGUGGGAGAGCAGGCUGCCAGGUGAAAAGGCCAGGCCUGGGGCCGGCCUCAUCAGUUUUUUGUGGCAAUUUCUUUUUUUUUUUUUUUUCAAAGCUUUGACAAUGGAUGGUUUGGGUAUUAAAAGAGAAAAAAAACUAACUAAAAAAAAAAAAAGACACUAAAGGCCAGUGAGUUGGAGUCUCAGGGCGCGGUGGCUGUUUCCCUUGAGCAAAGAAGCAAGACAUUGAAUUGUGUUUCCUUUCCCUGGGGUGUGGGGCGCAGGAUGUCUUCCGAACCUGAUGUGACCUUGGUCUAGUUCUGUUUGUUCCUCUCCUUGCCUGGGGCAGGGUGGUGGUUUUUAAUUUUUUUUUUGGGGGGGGGUGUAUUUUCUUUCUUUUCCACUUGGCUUGGCAGGCACUUAUUUCUGUGGCUGUUGGCCAAAGGGAAUGUUCUAGAACUGCCAAGAAGGGAAGAAAAUUGGGUUGGCUAAUCCCCAGAUGAUGGUGCUCCAUCCCUUCCUUCCCUGAUGCACCUUCCCCGCUCUGCACACAGUGUUAAGGAGCCGAGAGGAGCUACUUCACCUGGACUCUGUUUUUCGCCUCAUGACUUGGGUUUGCCCAAUGCCACCACUAGCUUCAGCUGCUUACAUCAGCCCUGUCACCACCUGAUCCUUCAGAAUGGACACUUAGAGGCAGGGUUGGGUGGGGAGGUCACACUGGGAGGGCAAGCACCCCAGUGUUUGGUUUCAAGCCAGCUUCUGUCCAGGGCACCUGGCACACACACAGCACAGUCAGCACCUGGUAUCAGGAAGCCACCUUGCUUUUAAUCAGUCACUUGGUUCCCCGCCUUAGAAGGGUCCCUGCCUUAGAGCAAUUGCUCAGACACUAAGGCACAUUUUAGCGUCUCUUGUCUUAAUGAGUAUGUCUAUCUGUUUAUCCAUUUGUGUUUUCUGCGUUGUGUCAUCAGAUGUAACCCUCAGAAAUAAUGCACACUAGGCUCUCACAACCAUGAAGCAAUCCGUUAUUUUGGGGUCUGAACUUGUAGACUCGAUUCAAAUAUAAAAUAAAUCUAUAACAGAAA